UUCAUCACCUAAUCGUCACAUUUUCUUGCACAACUCCCCCCUAUAAAUUAAAAUUCUUCCACUCCCUUUCUUCUUCUUCCUUUAACGAAACCCUAGAAAAUUCCAGAAUUCCUAAUUUGCAGACCCUAGCCAUCAAUUUCGCAGAUAAUCCCCCUAAUUUGCAGAGCCUAGCCUUCAAUUUUCGCAGAUUAAACCCGAAUUUGCAGAGCCUAGCCAUCAAUUUCGCAGAAAAACCCUAAUUCUUUCAUUUCCUUCGAAUUCUGCUUUUCUAAACCCUAGAUCUGAUCAACAUUUCCCAAUUUACCUCAAUUACAAAAUUAAUUGACUAUUGAGUUGUUAUUAUUGAAAAUUUCCAGUUUUUAACGUAUGAUGGGCAUGGGAAGGGUUGAUAAUUCGUCAAUUACCAAACCCUCCUCAUCAUCGUCUUCGCUUUCAUCCACUGCAUCAACGUCGAUAACUGAAACCGUAAACGGUUCUCAUGAUUUUAAGAUCACUGGUUAUUCAUUGUCUAAAGGGAUUGGAAUUGGGAAAUAUAUAGCUUCAGAUACGUUUAAUGUAGGUGGUUAUACGUGGGCGAUUUAUUUCUAUCCUGAUGGGAAGAGUGUUGAAGAUAACGCUACGUAUGUUUCGUUGUUUAUUGCGUUAGCGAGUGAAGGAACGGAUGUUAGGGCGCUUUUUGAGCUGACUUUGAUUGAUCAGAGUGGGAAGGAUAGGCAUAAAGUGCAUAGCCAUUUUGGGAGAUCGUUGGAGAGUGGACCGUAUACUCUUAAAUAUCGUGGGAGUAUGUGGGGAUAUAAGCGAUUCUUUAAAAGAACCGCUUUAGAAUCAUCAGACUACCUGAAGGAUGAUUGCCUGCAAGUUCAUUGCUGUGUUGGUGUAGUGAGGUCUCGCACCGAAGGACCUAAAACUUACUCCAUCCCUCUAUCUCCAUCAGAUAUCGGACUGCAUUUUGGACAGCUCCUUGAAAGUGGGAAGGAUACAGAUGUAAACUUUGACGUUAAUGGAGAGAUAUUUGCUGCUCACAAAUUGGUGCUUGCUGCAAGGUCACCUGUGUUCAGAGCACAACUUUUUGGUCCAAUGAAGGAUCAAAAUACAGAGCAUAUAAAAGUAGAAGAUAUGGAAGCCCCCGUUUUUAAGGCUCUUCUUCAUUUCAUGUACUGGGAUGUGCUGCCGGACAUGGAAGAACUCACAGGGUUGAACUCAAAAUGGGCAACAACCUUGAUGUCUCAACAUCUGCUUGCGGCAGCUGACCGUUAUGGGUUAGAUAUGCUCAGGUUGCUCUGCGAGGCUAACCUGUGUGAUGAAGUUGCUAUUAAUACUGUUGCAACCACUUUAGCCCUGGCUGAACAGCACCAUUGUUUCCAGCUGAAAUCUGUCUGUCUCAAAUUUGUUGCCAUGCCAGAAAAUCUAAGAGCUGUAAUGCAAACGGAUGGUUUUGACUAUCUGAGAGAAAGUUGUCCUCAUGUCCUCACAGAACUGUUGGAGUAUGUUGCUAGGGUAAAUGAACAUUCUGGCAUUGCCAGCAAGCUAGGGAAUGAGGUUAUUCUUGACGGCGGUGAUGUCCAUGGUCGACGUGUGAAACAACGAUUGUAAUUGAAGUUGUAACUGCCAAACUGUGGUCCUUAAUAGGAUAGGAACAUAUUUCAUGAUGCAGGCUGUAGUGUGACAUAGAUGUAAAUUUCGGUCUGUCAAUGUCAUUGAUAUUGUUGUAAUCGUCUAUAUAAUAUGUUGUUCCUAGUAAUGUGUAUUUGUCUAUAAGGUUUUCUCUUUACUCCCUCUAUUUAUGUAUUUGUUAUUUUGGCUCUUGUUUUGUCAAUUGAACACGUAAUUUAUUUGCAUUAUUUGUGGUA